GGACCAGUCCGACUUCAGCCUGCAGCCGACCCGCGGCCUCCGCCGCGCCGCCGCCGCCGCCACGGCCCGCGUGACGCCCGCCAUGACGUCGGAGACGGACCCCCUGGUGACCGAGCCCACCGGCGACGGGCCUGGUGAGAGACCUGGCACUGGCAGCAGCUCCGGCGGCUCAUCCAAGAUGGUCCCGAUCCCAGUGCUGGUGCGUGAGACCCGCGAGGCCUACAGCUCGGGGCUGACGCGGGACGUGGAGUUCCGCAAGCAGAACCUGCGCGGCCUGCUGCGCUUCUACGACGAGAACAAGGAGCAGCUCAUCGAAGUGCUCCACAAGGACCUCAGGAAGCAUGCAUUCGAGGCGAUGCUCACAGAAGUCAACUACCUCGUCAAUGAUGUCAAGACGAUGCUCAACAACGUGGACGAGUGGUCAAAACCGAAAGCCGUGCAGCGCAGCCUGGCCACCAUGCUGGACCGGCCGUACGUGCUGCCCGAGCCGUACGGCGUGGUGCUGGUGAUGGGCGCCUGGAAUUACCCGCUGCAGCUGUCCCUGGUGCCGGUCAGCGGCGCAAUCGCCGCCGGCAACUGCGUGGUCAUCAAGCCGUCCGACCUGUCGCCGGCCACGUCCGCCUUCCUGGCCGAGGCGCUGCCGCGCUACCUGGACCGCCGCUGCUUCCCGGUGGUGUGCGGCGGCAUCCCAGAGAGCCAGCAGCUGCUGCAGGAGCGCUUUGACUACAUCUUCUACACGGGCAGCUCGGCCGUGGGCAAGAUCGUGCGCGAGGCGUCCAACCGGCACCUGACGCCCGUCACGCUGGAGCUGGGCGGCAAGAGCCCGGUGUAUCUGGACGACUCGGUCAACAUGGACUACGCGGUGCGGCGCAUCCUCUGGGGCAAGGUGAUCAACCUGGGCCAGACAUGCAUCGCGCCCGACUACCUGCUCUGUAACAAGGCGACCGAGGCGCGCUUCCUGCGCCAGGCCAAGCAGGUGCUUCACGAGUGGUUCGGCGGCAAGCCCGAGGACGCCUCGGAGCUCGGCCGCAUCGUCAACAAACGACACUUCGAGCGGAUCAAGAAGCUGAUGGAGAGCAGCGGCACGGUGGCGCUGGGCGGCCGCUGCUUCGCCGGCGACAACUUCAUCGAGCCGACGGUGCUGACGGACGUAAAGGCCGACGAGCCGGUGAUGCAGGAGGAGAUCUUCGGCCCGCUGCUGCCCAUCGUCACCGUGCAGACGCCUGCAGAGGCCAUCGACUUCAUCAACAGUCGAGAAAAGCCCCUAGCAUUCUACAUUUUCACGCGCCAAAAGGCCACGGAAACCUUCCUGCUCGAGAACACCACCGCCGGCGGCGUCACCGUCAACGAUACCCUGUUCCACAUCGGAGUUGAGGAGCUGCCGUUCGGCGGUGUAGGGACAAGCGGCAUGGGCGCCUACCACGGCAAGUUCUCGUUCGACACCUUCACCCACUACAAGCCGGUGCUGGAGCGCAACUACAACCCGCUGGUGGAGAAGCUGUGCUCGGUGCGCUACCCGCCGUACACCAAGGCCAAGAUGCAGCGGGCCAAGCAGCUGCUGAAGAACCCCAAGAUGCCCAGCCUGACGCCGCUCAAGUACCUGCUGACGUUCAGCUUCGGCGUCGCCUCCGUGUUUGCUCUCAAGGCUGCCGCCAAGAGAUUUGGGUUCGACGAGGACCUUCCGGCCGUUCUCCAGUGAUCGGCAGAGCCGGCAUCAGCACUGGCCCGCUCCACAGACCCCCGAGUCAUCGUUCGAAUCGCCGUACGCCGGGGCCGAACGCUGCGCAGAGACCGCUCCCACACUGCCGAUGUUUCAUCUAUUUGUGGCUCGGACUCUUCCCCAGGCGCUCCGUGAGUUAGUCAUUAGCCAUUGUCGCUGCCCCUGCGUGUUGGAAUUAUAUUUUCCUGUGGGUGCUGAAAACCAAGACCAGUGCUGUACGUGAGACCAGUGCUGUCUGAGUAAACAUGCACUCUUAUAGCGUGACUUCUGGUCGCCUAUAUUGUGCAGCCGGUAGCCAGGCGAACACAUUUCUAGAUACCUCAGUGAGGUAUUGCCAACUCGAAACGAAAUACAGUGAAAACAGACUUCACGCGAUGGCGAGGAUCGGAUGGUUCGUGUUUAAACCGUAUUUGAACCACCAGUGCAUCGGUGUAGCGCUACCAGCAACCGCUUGCGGGGAUCAAGCAAGCCGUAGGUACUGAUGCAGGUCCAAAGGUUUUUUUUUCGCUGUGAUUGGUUGGAAUUGUCAAGGGGCGCUCUUGUAAGCGUACGGGAAUUACGUUAUGUCGUUUGUGUAAAUACAGUGACCGACUGGA